UCCUCUCUCUCUCUCUCUCUCUAGCAGAGACACACACUCAUUCAGUCUCUUCUCUUCCGUGAGAGUGAAGCCGAAGGAGACUUUUCGAAGCAACCCACACCAAUUCUCGUCAUCACUUUGCCUCGCUUUGCUUCUCGGCAUCGCGGUGAUGGACACGUCAACCCGUAGCCGGGGCCGCCGGACGCGGCGGCGGCCGACCGUCGCCGCCCUCGUGCUCCUCCUCCUCCUCCUCACGUUGGCGUCGGCGAGGCCUCUAGCCCCAGAGAGCGUCUCGAUAAUGCCCGGGGGACUUCCCGGCGGCGGGAGCGCAAGUGGGUCGUCGUCGGGGGCUGAGUUGGAGCGGGCCGCGGCACGGAGGUUGCUAGUGGGGCCGGGUUCGGCGCCGCCGUCGUGCAGAUCCCGGUGCGGGAGCUGCUCGCCGUGCAAUCCGGUUCACGUGCCGGUCCAGCCCGGUCUGAGCGCGCCGCUGGAGUAUUACCCGGAGGCUUGGCGAUGCAAGUGCGGGAACAAGCUGUUCAUGCCCUGAAACAGAGCUGCCCAAAAAAAAAAAAAAAAAAAUUGAAGCUUUUAUUUAUUUUAUUUUAAUUUUUUGUGUAAUGUAGUGUAAGUUUAUAAUCAAAUAUAAUUUUGUAAGAUUCUGUGAGACGUUGAUAUUUGGUCGGGACAGGGAACAUAUUGGGAAUGCAAAGAUUUCCUAUGACGACACUUAUUUUUGUGCUUUCUUUCUUUUCACUUGCAUUGAUUCCUAGGACUUUUCUAUUUUUCUUGCUUAUUUAUUGCCAGUUUUCUCGACUUGCAUUAACGUCAGAAAUUACACAGAGAUAGUAUGAGACAAAUUGACUUUCACUUUGUGCUUCGUUAUGAAUUAAAUUUACCAUGGAAGUCUGGAGGCUGCGUUCACAAUCACAAGUGACCCAAAAAUCUGAGUGUGGUAUUGGU